CACACAGACCGCGUUACCUCGUGCGCUCGGACCGCGUCUCGCGCAGCUGGGAGUUCACUAGCAAGACUUCAGUUCACCGUCGUUCAAGGACAGAUACAACCCAGAGAGUGGUGGUUUUUUUUUUAGAUUAACAGAGGAAGAAUUAGGUCAUCGCGUUCUGGUCGAAGUGUUGGGCUCAUCAUGAAGAUGUGCGUGAUAACAGCGAUGCUUUUCCUGGUGCUCCCCGGGCAGUGCGGCAUCCUGGCUGGGAAAGUGAAUAAGCACAAACCAUGGAUCGAGACAUCCUAUCAUGGUGUCAUCAUUGAGAACAUGGACACUGUAAUGCUCGACCCUCCUCUGGUCGCACUGGACAAAGACGCCCCUGUCCCUUAUGCAGGAGAGAUCUGUGCAUUUAAGAUUCAUGGGCAGGAGGCCCCAUUUGAAGCUGAGGUUUUGAACAGGACAUCUGGUGAAGGGGUGCUGAGGGCCCGGGGUCCCAUAGACUGUGAGCAGCAGAAGGAAUACACCUUCAUCAUCCAGGCCUACGACUGUGGAGCCACCCCAAGUGGAGCCAACUGGAAAAAGAGCCACAAGGCGGUGGUUCAUAUCCAGGUGGAUGAUGUAAAUGAGUUCUCCCCAGUGUUCAGGGAGCCUUUAUACCAUGCCACUGUUACUGAGGGCAAGAUCUAUGACAGUAUUCUGCAAGUUGAGGCCUGGGAUCAGGAUUGCUCUCCGCAGUACAGCCAAAUCUGCAACUAUGAGAUCGUUACACAGGAUACACCUUUUGCUAUUGAUCGAAAUGGCAACAUCAGGAACACUGAGCGACUAAGCUAUGACAAACAGCAGCACUACAAAAUUAUGGUGACCGCUUACGACUGUGGCCAGAAAAGGGCGAUGGAGAGUGUCUCAGUUCACAUUGACGUCAAACCAGUGUGCAAGCCUGGCUGGCAAGGUUGGAACAAGCGUGUGGAUUAUGAACCUGGAACAGGCAGCAAGCAGCUCUUUUCCAAAAUGCACCUGGAAACCUGUGAUGGCCCUUUAUCUUCAGUGCGAGCCAUGGUGGAACUACAGACCAGCCAUAUUGGGAAGGGCUGUGACAGAGAGACCUAUUCUGAGAAGUCUCUGCAAAAGCUCUGCGGAGCAGCCUCGGGCAGCACAGACCUUCUCCCGGCGCCUAGCACAUCCACCAAUUGGACGGCUUCCUUGUUGACAGACAACGGCCGAGACAGUGACCUCAUCUUCAGAUUUGAUGGACGACAGGCAGCCAAUAUCCCAGAGUGGGUCGUGCCACAGAACCUGACAGAUCAGUUUACCAUAGCAACAUGGAUGAAGCACGGGCCAAGUCCUGGACUGAGAGCCGAGAAGGAGACAUUGCUGUGUAAUUCUGAUAAAACUGAGAUGAACAGGCACCAUUACUCUCUGUACGUCCAUAAUUGUCGCCUGGUGUUUCUUCUGAGGCGAGACUUUAUUCAGCUGGACUCCUUCAGGCCAGCAGAGUUCCACUGGAGACUGGAACAGAUCUGUGAUAAAGAGUGGCAUUACUAUGUCAUCAACGUGGAGUUUCCUUCAGUGACGCUCUUCGUAGACGGAGUGACAUAUGAACCCUACCUAGUGACGGACGACUGGCCUAUCCACCCCUCUGAGAUCGAUGUACAGCUAACCGUAGGUGCCUGCUGGCAAGGAGGAGAGGUGACCACUCCAAGGUUCACACAGUAUUUCCGGGGAAGCCUCUCUGGCUUGACUAUCCGACCUGGGAAGAUCGCAACUCAGAAGGUGAUCUCCUGCCUACAGGCUUGCAAGGAAGGCCUGGACAUCAGCUCACUUGAGAGUCUGGGAAAAGGCAUAAAGUUCCACUUCAACCCGGCUCAGUCAGUGCUGGUCAUGGAGGCUGAUGACUUGGAGAGCAUCAACACAGCCAUGACAAAAGUGUCCUACAUCAACUCUCGGCAGUUUCCCACUCCCGGUCUGCGCAAACUCCACAUAACAACUACAGUCCAGUGCUUUGGUGAAGAUACGUGCAUCUCCAUUCCAGACAUCAGAGCGAUGGUGAUGGUGCUGCCGCCCAGUGAACCUCGGAUCACCAUUGCUGGAGUGGAGCGGCUGGUUUGGCCCGUGGCUCAGCUCCGAGACCCUGUCGGGGUGGCCCUGUUCAAGGACAUACACAUCAUUAGUACCGUCACCAAGACCGACGCCACCCUCAGCACAGCCUGGAGGCCUGGUGUGCUGGAGUUGAUGCAUAACCUGGAUUAUUGUGAUGUGCUGGUGAUCGGAGAGGAGCUGGACCCGCAGCGGGAAAGUCUGGAGAUCCACCACAGCUCUCUCUUGGGCAAACAUCUGGAUGCCACCAACUCUACCUCAGGCAUCUCCAUCUACGGUGUGGACUCUAUGGUGCAUUAUGAACAGGCCAUCAGGCAGGUGAGGUACCGUAACUGGAAGCCUGGCGGUCUGUCUGAGAGAAGGUUCCGGCUCAGUUGCUCUGAACUGAAUGGACGCUACACAAGCAAUGAGUUCAACUUGGAGAUUGGAAUAGUGCACAGCUCAGAGGCCAUGGAGCAUGUCAAUCACAUGGCCGUCCAAUCCCAGUUCAUGAGACCUGUGCAUCAUCCACUGGUGGUUCAUACUGUCAACUCUGAUCACAUCUCAGGUACCCCUCCUGCUGCGACUGUGGUAAUUGUAAUGUGCAUUGCCACCCUGGUGGUCAUUGUGGUCUUGGGCAUCUACCGCAUCCACAUCACCCACCAGGAUGGUUCAAAAGAGGACGAAGAGGGAAGAAAAGAUCCAGAGAUGGACUGGGACGACUCCAAUCUAAACAUCACUGUUAAUCCCAUGGAGAGCAUUGAUGGGGCUCAGAUCGCUGAGGAGGAGCCAGAGGAAGAUGAAGAGGAAGAUGAACUGGCAGGAGAGCUCUCUAGUGCUGAAUAUGAAGAUAGUGAUGAAGAGGAGGAGGCUAGCAUUCAGAAGGGAAGAGUGAAAGGAAAGCUGGAGUGGGACCCAUCUACGUUACCCUAUUAAAAUACACACACACACACACACACACACACAGUCACACACAUGUGCAUACACGUUCACACAAGCAGGAUUCACAUGCAGACAUAGACUUAUGCACACACACAUACAGACGUACACAUGUAUACAUAAAACACUCGCAUUUAAUGCCCUCUCACACACUUACAGAAGCCAGUAUUUAUUGCCUGAAAAGUUGUGACACAUCAGCCUGAUUUUGACUCUUUCCAACACCCACAAAAAGCAUCCUGUAACGCCAUCAGCUGGUCAAUAUUGGGAAUCGCACCCUUCAGUCCUGCAACGCCUGUAUGUACUUCAAUAGUAUAUGCUGCAGUGUCUCAAUAGAUUCACAAAAAGGAAAGAUAAUUAGACACAAUGCAAUUAAUUGUGAAUCAACACCUCUGGGAUGUUUUAUUUUAUUUUAUUUACAUUCACUUUUUUUGUCUGUUGAUUAAUCAGAUUAUAGUCUAACAUCAUGCUGCUUUCUCCCUUUCUGAAAUACUAAACUAAUAUUUGACGGUGCGGCUAUGCCUUCACCAUUUGUUGUCUUCAGAGUAACACUGAAUAUUGCAUUGAUUUGCAAUAGUAAAUACCCCAAAGUUGUUUUUUGCAAUGAAAAUAUAUAAUGAUGAUAUUUUCUUCAUUUGAAAUCUAGCAGAUAGGUUUAUUUUAAAUCCUCCGAGAGAUUUUGAGAUGGUUCUCUUUCAGCAAAAGUUAUGUAGUAAGCAAAUAACAUAAAAAAAAAUCAAUUUAU